CUCCUCAGUAAAACCUUUAGUUGUGCGACUAAUAGACAUGUACGGGUGUAUUCGCAGUCACUUUGACUCGGGCACAUCUCAAUAAUAGGUAAUAUAUAUGAUAAGGAUCGCCAGCAUUUUUCCUCGUGACUCGCCUGUUGCAAAAGUAGUCAAAACAACAAAGAAAUGUCGCUCCACUCCACACACCUUGAUGGAAUCUUGCCCCUCAUUGCAAGAGGAAAAGUCAGAGACAUCUACGAAGUCGAUGCCCAAACGCUCUUGUUCGUAGCAACUGACAGAAUUUCAGCCUAUGAUGUGAUUAUGUCGAAUGGGAUCCCUGCCAAGGGUAAGAUUCUCACUAAACUCUCCGAGUUCUGGUUUGACUUUUUGUCCAGCGAAGUUCCAAAUCAUUUGUCCUUGCCUGCUGGCAGCACGGACCUUUUCGAGCACUUGCCCGCUGCUUUGUCUGAGCCCAAGUACAGAGAGCAAUUGGAAGGCAGGGCUUUGCUCGUCAAAAAAAUGAAGUUGAUUCCUCUAGAAGUCAUUGUACGUGGAUACAUUACUGGCUCUGCAUGGAAGGAGUACAAAAAGUCGAAGACCGUACACGGAUUGACCAUUGAUCAAGAUAACUUGCAGGAGUCCCAAGAGUUUUCCAGGCCUAUCUUCACGCCUUCUACCAAAGCCGAACAGGGUGAACAUGAUGAAAAUAUCAGUCCUGAACAGGCUGAGCAAAUUGUGGGUAAAGAAUUGUGUGACAAGGUGUCUGACAUCGCUAUCAAGUUGUACACUAAAGCUAAGGAGUUUGCGAAAGAAAGAGGCAUCAUCAUUGCAGACACGAAGUUUGAGUUUGGCUUGGACGAGGAUGAUAACAUCGUUUUGGUUGACGAGGUUUUGACGCCCGACUCGUCCCGUUUCUGGAGUGCAUCCGCCUACAAGAUCGGAGCCGGCCAGGACUCUUACGACAAGCAGUUCUUGCGUGACUGGUUGACAUCAAACAACUUGAACGGUAAAGACGGUGUUGCUAUGGAUGAAACCAUUGCCACGCAGACCAAACUCAAAUACAUCGAGGCUUACGAAGCUUUAACCAGCAGCAAAUGGUCUGAGUAGAGCAAAGAGCCUAGACAUUUUUCUCAGCCAAUUUUUCUCAUUCAUUAU